GUUCGCUCUCUUCGAGCCGUAUAAAUACGAGCGGGCCCGUUCUCUCUGGUUUAGUCGCCGCGAUACACGAUUCUCGUAACGUUCGUCGUUUCGUCUGUAAGCGCGAAAGAAAAUACGUGAACGAGAUAAUAUCAUCCGACGUCGUCAUCAUCGUUGUCAUUGUCCUCGUUGUUGUCGUUGUCGUCGUCGUGAUGAUAGUGUUAAUGGUGCAUGUGAUGGUGCCGUUUUAAUCAUCGAGUGUGCCGCGAAUUCGAUAUAAACGAACGAACGAACAGAAAUAAAAUCGACCUGAGAAAAUCGAACGAAAGAAAAAGGAUGAAAUAAAAUGAAAUGGAAUGAAAUGAAAUGAAAUAAGCAAAGAAAACGUUUGUAUUCUUCCGGCGCGAAAGUGUGUCUCUUUCGAAGAAAGCAGGGCUCCGUUUCAUUUCGAGGAAGAGAGAAAGAGAAAGAGAAAGAGAAAGAAAAAAGGAGAAAGAGAGAGAGAGAGGGAGAAAAAGAGAGAGAGAGAGAGAGAGAAAGAAAGAUAGAGUUCUUUCGAGUAACUCCAAGAAAAGCAAUGAGUGGAAACAGGAAGCGUUCGUGCUUUCAACCCUCUGCGGGUGAGGGCUGAAUUUGAUAUAAUACGGUAAUUAUCCGUAUUAUGGAAAGCAAGAUGUACAUUAAAGACGAAAACGAAGAAGAGGUGAUAGAAUAUAAUUUGAAGAGUAAAAAGAACGGACAACAAAAACAACAACAACAAGUCACGAUGAAAUACGCUUCGACCAAUUCGAUACCAUCGACUAUGGAAGAGGAAAAUGAAAAUACGUUCGACAGAAGGAUUAUGGGUGAAAGAUUCGCCGGUGUUAGAUCGGCGACAUCGGCGACCAUCUUGAGAGAGAGUACUACUACUGGUAUUACUACUACUACUACUACUAAUACUAAUCCGAAUACAGUGUCAGCUGUUAAAAGUAGAAGGUACAGUGUACUCGAGGAUUUGAAAGCACGUAGGGAUAGUCUUUGGCAAAGAGCACGACGUACAAGUACCUUCGACGAAAAAGAGAAUGCGAAGCAACAGAAAAUCGUUUACGGUAAAGAAAAGAGAAGGAGUAGCGACGGUGGCGCCGCCAGAAGAGGAUCAGUUUUUUAUGUUACCGAAGAUUUACUCGAAGAGAAACAGGAUGUUAUGGUGAACGAGGAAAAGGAAAGGGCAGCUAUAAUCGAGGCUAAAAAGGGACGAAGAAAGUCUUGGCAUCCGCUUGCCGGUGUUAAACCAUCGAAAUCUGAAAGAAAAAGGAAGAAGGCCGUUGUCGGUGCACCUCCCGUUGAACAGGUCGCCAGCGCCGAAGCACUUUAUACCCAUACGAGACAGAAGAGACCGUCUUGGUGGAAUAUAUUUGUACCUGAUUCAGUUUCCAGGUCCAGGCGAAUGUCCCAAGAUGUCACACAUUCGAGAUCUACGGAGAGUCUUAUAGGGACUUACACCAGGAGUAAAAGCCGUAGCGUGGAUCACGGAUUCACAGCGCCAUUCGAUUUGGAUACUUUGAGGAACAAGGUCGAAGGAAGAUUCGAAUCCGUCGACAAGCUAUCAAAAGAUUCUGAUAAUGAGAGCAAAGAUGGUUCUACGUCGCAGGAAAAAAAGCAUGGUCGCAUUUCUCAACCUAACAACACUAUCGCCUAUACGGUGGGCGACAGAGAUACGCUUACGUCAGUGGCAGCCAGAUUCGACACCACACCCUCCGAGCUGAGUAAACUCAACAGGCUCGGUAGUACCUUUAUCUAUCCAGGACAGCAAUUAUGGGUUCCAAACAAAGGAGAAGGCCGUGCUGGAGGCGGUACUACCACAACAGACGCACCCAGUCCAGAUCCUCCACAGGAUCACGACUCGCAGGACGAUUUACCACCGGAAGAGAAAGAACUUCUAGAUAAUUUGCGACCUGUAUCACCAAAGCCCGGCCACAUUGAAAGAGUGAAGACUCCUCUUGGAAGCGGAAAUGCUGUUAUGGAAGAUGAUGAACAACCAUUUAAAGAACGAUUUUUGAAAAUCAACGUACGUCAUAUUACAGACGGACAGGGUGUGGUAGGUGGUGUAUUAUUGGUUACACCAAAUGCAGUAAUGUUUGAUCCAAAUGUCUCGGAUCCUCUUGUCAUUGAACAUGGUGCUGAAUCUUAUGGAGUUAUCGCUCCAAUGGAAUUUGUAGUUAAUGCUGCGAUAUAUUAUGAUAUUGCUCAUAUGCGAGUAGGGCAUACAAAAUCUGGGAAUCUAGACAAAAAGCCUGAUAUAUAUUAUAUGAAAAAACCUUCUCAAGGUGAUAGUCAGAAAUCUCAGUCACCAGGCAAAGAUGAAACUUUUCCUGAAUUGGCAGGUGACGAUAAUGAAAGUGUAUGCAGUUGUGCGGAAAGAGAAGGCGAUGCAUUCCCAAAAGCUUUCGAUAGAGAACUCGUAACACCUACCAAUCUACAAAAUGAGGAUAAUUUAGCCACAACCAAAGAGAAGGAAGAAAAAGAGAAAGAUAGUACUGAAAAAGAACCAUGUGUUGGUGGUGGUCAAGCAAGUAGAACAUUAGAAGAACGUAGGAGAUCGAUGUUAGACCAUCAUUGGGCAGUUCCUAGUAAAGAUCGAAGUACGUUUUCGGUUGACGACGAACAACAAGAUUCUUUGAAUUCUGAUAAGACAGAAUCAGCAAAAUCCAAUGCCAUUCCUGAAGAUGAAGAAGGAUCUCUAGUCAAAUUAUCGUGCCAUGAUUCUGGCAUAGAUAUACGUGAUCCUAACCCACCGCUUCCAAUUGUUCAACCUAUGCCAUCUAAGAAAGUAUAUUCUGAUGCAGACAUUGUUUUAUCUUCAGAUUGGGUCCCACCAAUAACAAUAGCUCCAACUAAUAUCACAACUAGUUCAUUAGAUAGCGGUCCUAGCAUCAAUGGUAGAAAGAAAGCUAGUUCAGUAUCAUUUAGUUUAGAUAGUAAUAAUGAAGAACCUGAAAAAGAUGAAGAACAUAAGGAUGAUGAUAAACAAGAAUCUAGAAGAAAUAAGAUGUUAAAACGUUUAUCUUACCCGUUGUCAUGGGUUGGGAUGGAAGGACUCACAGGUGACCGAGAGGAAGAAAAUAAAUCCGUUUCUGAUAGAGUUUCAAGCUUGCCAAAUAGUGCUGAUUCCCAUCAUUCAUCUGUCUUCAGUAAAGUCUUCUCAAGCUCGCCGAUCAACCUGGUGAGUGACUUUAGCUCGGGCCUCUUUGCUAAAACUCCCAGCGAAGAGAGUGGUGGGGGCGGUAGAGCUGGAGGAACUCCUCCGCUUAUCGCCUCCUCUCUCUCCCAGGACUCCAGCAAUGCCCAAUUUUCACCAGGUCCAGGAGGCCUAAUUGGGCGUUCUUCCGUGGGUACUUUCAUCAGACAACAACCUCUAACAUCCUCAGGUAGUAGCAGCGUUGAUAGUAAUCGUGGAAGUAAAACUUUAACGCAAGCACCACGACUGGAUUAUCGCAGUAUGGUUUCCGUUGAGGAUAUGCCAGGAUUGUUCGUCAGUUUUGACAAACUGAUACCACGACCAGCACGAUCUUGUGAAGAUCCUCCAUUGUAUCUGAGACUACGGACUGGUAGACCCAAAGAUAAAAAAAUACCACGAUCUACGCCUAUUAUGAGUUAUGGGAAAAAGAAACUGCGUCCUGAAUAUUGGUUCAGCGUUCCACGUAAUAGGGUCGAUGAUCUUUAUAGGUUUAUUCACGCGUGGGUUCCUAACCUUUACGGUGAACUCGAUGAAAAUUAUUGGAGGGAACGUGGAUAUAUUCUAUCUGACACCGACACAGAUUUAUCGCCAGAAUUGACACCACAGGAAUCUGGCGAAAGUGGAGAAUCAACUGAGGAGGGAAAGGCACGCAAUCAAGAUGGCGAUGAGAUAUCAGAAUUAACGAGAGAAUCCUGGGAGCUGAUCAAGGCCCCCUACGUAAAGCUGUACACCAUCCUGAAGACAUCGAGCACUUCGGCUGAUUCCGAACAGGCCCAGGACCCGGAGGUGUUGUCUAUGAGCGAGGAGCUUAGAAGAGCUCUAUAUGCAAAUAGCGCAGUUUCAUUGGACAACGACAUAAUUGUACCAGAUCUUGUUGGUACAACGGAGAUUCUCAGCGACGAACACAGAGAGCACUUAUGCAGGCAUUUACCAGCGAGAGCGGAAGGCUACUUUUGGACGUUGGUAUUCAGUACGAGCCAACAUGGCUUUAGUUUGAACAGUAUGUACAGAAAAAUGGGCAAAAUUGAGAGCCCAAUUCUGCUCGUUAUCGAGGACACCGAGGGUAACGUGUUCGGAGCAUUGACUUCGUGUGCUCUACACGUGAGCGAUCACUUCUAUGGUACCGGCGAGUCCUUACUCUUUAGGUUCACACCAAGGUUCCAAGCUUUCAAUUGGACCGGUGAUAAUCUUUACUUCAUCAAAGGCAACAAUGAGAGCCUUGCCAUAGGUGCUGGAGAUGGUAAAUUUGGCCUCUGGCUUGACGGUGAUCUCUAUCAAGGAAGGACGCAAACAUGUAGAACGUAUGGGAAUGAGCCAUUGGCGCCACAUGAAGACUUCGUAGUUAAAACACUGGAAUGUUGGGCGUUUAUAUAGGAUUCGGCCUCAUAUUAUUCAUCCGCUACCUUGCCCCUCACACCGCAGCCUAAUUUGACCUGAAUCUAACUAUCUCUCUCCACCAGUGAUAUCCAAAUCUCUAAGGAGAGAUCAUAAAGAAGAGGACACGAUAAAUAAAUGAAGAAUUAAUUUUUUGAAGGAAAAUAAUAACAAUAUAAAAUAAAAUAAACAACAAUACCAACAAAACAACAACAACAACAAUAACAAUAACAACAAAGAGACCAUACUUUUGCCCGAAGAGAUUAAAAUAUUGAUAAUCUUUGAUUGUCGUUAACUCAAAUACACAUAGUCGAGAGUAAUUUAACAAAGGAAACAAACCAAUAAUAAUAAUAAUAAUAAUUAACAAACAAGUAUAUAAGAAAAA